UUUAAUAAAGACCCCUAAUUUCGAUUUAGGGGCGUCGGAGAUUUCAAUUUUCAUCGCCAACGCUUGAAAUCAAUCAAGGCAAUUUGAUGCGGCAGUGUCGAAUCCGCAGGGAUGAAGUUUGGGGAGAGGUUUUCGGCAUAUCUGGAGACGAAUCAGGAGAGAUUCGUCGAGAAUUGCCGCCAUGUCGAGUACAAGCGCCUCAAAAAAGUGCUCAAAAGCUGCAGAAGAUGUAGGUCUAUCAACGAUUCCCCUUCUAUUGAUGGGGACGAAGCUGCAUUCUCUCAAUUUUGCCAAUUUGAAUCGUGUCAAUCGUGUGAUCAGAAAUUCUUCUCCGAGCUGAUGAAGGAGGCUACUGAUAUAGCCGGAUGCUUUAGUUCUAGAGUGAGGCAGCUUCUCCAGUUUCAUAUCCACGGUGGAGCACAGCGAUAUUUUACAUUCUUGCGCUAUUGUUUUGUGAGCCCCCAGCACAAGACAGCACAAGAAUGCCGGAUGUUAACUGAAUAUGUUAUGAUGAAUGCUGUGGCCAUGCGGAAAAUUCUCAAGAAGUAUGAUAAAGUACAUAGUUCUGCAAAUGGAAGCAGAUUCAAGUCUAAAAUGCGCUCGGAACAUAUGGAAAUUCUGCAGUCACCUUGGUUACUAGAAUUAGGAGCGUUCUGUAAGAACUUCAAUGAACCUAGAGGUGAAACUGGUGGACCCCACAACCCAUUCUCUUUCGACUUAACUUCUUCAGAGCCCACGCUGACUUUGAUCCUCCCAGACAAUGUCAAACUAGAAUACAAUCUAACUUGUGCAAUCUGCUUGGAACUAGUUUUCCAUCCAUAUGCCUUGGGUUGUGGGCAUCUCUUUUGCAAAUCAUGUGCUUGCUCUGCAGCUUCGGUUAUGAUUUUUCAGGGCCUCAAAGCUGCUGAUUCGGAAUCAAAAUGCCCUGUUUGCAGAUCGGUGGGUGUAUACACGAAGGCGGUCCACAUGACGGAACUGGAUUCGGUUCUUAAGAAAGAGUGCAAGGACUACUGGAAGGAGCGGCUGGUUGCUGAACGGGCCGACAUAGUAAAGCAAUCCAAGGUUUAUUGGGAGACGCAAACUAAGUACAUGAUCGGAUAUUGACACCACUCUCACUAAUGUUUCUUGCUGGCUCCCUCCAUGCCAGGGCCAAUAUAGCCCGAUUCGUUAUCUGUCACUGAAGCGGUGAUCAGUCUCUAACUGCCGAUGUUAUUUGAUCAUCUGUUGCAGACACCUCUCUUACUGACUUUGUUUUUGUUGGAAAUAUAGGUUUAUGAUGUUUUGCUACAAGUUUUCAGAGGUAAGAUGCUCUUUGUUGGAGUCUAUUGUAGUACUAGGAUUUAUUUUUAUUAUGUGUUGAUGUAGUUCCUAAAAGUUUUAUAUGGAAUUGGAUUCUCAAA